UGACCAACUUAAUAUGUUAAUUGUCUUCCCCGAUUGAUAUGAUGAAUUUUUCCUUUCAGACAAAAAAAAGAAAAGAAAAGAAAGUUGGGUCAGAUCCACGACCCUUUCAGGCCCAUGGGAAUAUUUAAAUGGUUCUCUGGGCUUUGGUUAAAGGAAUUGUUCUUACUGAUCUAUCCGUGUUAUUAUCAAAGUUGAAAAGCGGCAAGUUGUCUUCCUUUUCACUUUUAUUCUUCCAUUAUCCUAACGCGUUUCAAAAUGCAAAACUCUUUGCUCUAAUUUCAUCUUCAAAAUAACUUGCUUUAUUCUUCGGAAACUGAGGCAGCGCGAGAGAAUUCACCAAUGAGUAGCACUUCAGCUCCGAUUCAUCCGGCGAAUUUGCCGAUCCCGGUCGAUCUGUUCGUAUCCAAGAAACACCCUGCUCUCCCACGUGGCGUCUUAGGAUUCGCUGAUUCUUCCGGUAAGAUCAUUUUCAGAGUCAACCGUCAAUCCUCAAAAUCAUCAUCAGACGACAAGAUUGUUCUCCUCGAUUCCGCUGGAAAUCCUCUCUUCUCUAUCUACCGUCACCAAGAUGGUUCUUGGCAAGGUUUUAAGGGUGAUGGCGAUGAGAAGGAUUUAAUAUUCAAAGUGCAGAGGAUAUUGAAUAAGUUCACCAGAACUGAGUUGGAGGUAUUUCUUGUUGCUGAAAAUCAGGGAGAGUCAACUUGUGAUUUCAAGUUCAAAGGCUGCCAUUUUCAAAGAUCUUGCACCAUCUACAAAGGUGAUUCCAUUGUGGCUCAGACUAGUCUUAUGCACAAGCUUCGGCAGAUUUAUGUUAGGAGGAAUAAAUUUCGACUCACAAUGUUUCCUGGCUCUGAAGAUCCUGCUUUGAUUGUAGCACUCGUGGUGAUAUUCUUGGUUAAUGGUCCCAAAAAAUUCCAAUUUCUGGACAAAUUACCCUUAUCGAUAUGAAAUUGGAAAAAUAUCGAUCAUGCAGAUAAUUUUAACGAUUAUGUCUCAAAAAUCAUGAUGGAGGAAGAUUUGGGUUACAGGGAGAUGAUGGUGGUAUGGAGGCUGAGAUGGAAAUGUGUGGUGGUGGCCAACCGGCCAUUUGUGGGAGGAAGGCGUGAAACAAGGAGACAAAGACAGAAAUCAUUUGGAGUAAGGAGAGACAACAAGCUGUUUCAGUCGACGGCAAGUUUUUCAAUUCAAUGAUCAUUAGUCCUUCAAGAGAUUUUCCCAAAUUUUGGCGCAUGGGAUCAUUUGUUUCAACUCCCAAGUUGGCAGCCAGAAUUGGCCAAUUCUUUGAUUAUGAUUGGCAUAUAGGAUGAUAAUAAUUUUAUAUUAUAUUUGAUUUGUAUAUAAAGAAAUGAAUAAGAUUAUAAAAAAAAUUAAUUAUUCUCUUGAUAUAGGAU